GCCCUGUUUUUGACCGUCGCCGUCUACUUCCAUCUCUGGUCAAUUGACUCCUCGUUCACCUCCGACGAUCGAGAAAUCCUCAGACGACAAUUUGAGCAAGCGAAUUUGGAGGCGAUGGAUGAAUCUGCGGAUUGGAGAAUGAAAUUCGAUGAGCAACUGGAGAGGAGUAAGCGAUAUCAGGAGGAGUUAUUAAAGGUAAAGGGCGCAUUAAAAAGUGCUAUCGGGGGACUGACCAUGCUGAGAAAGGAAAAUAUUGACCUGCUGAAGCAAGCGGAAUCUAGACGACAACAUUGCAAUUGUAGACAAUCUGGAACCUAGUUUCUAUAAUUAUAUUGUGCAAUAACAGUGCAAAAUUGUCAUCAUGGCAAAUGCUCGGAUAUAUUGUCACCGUUGUAUAUUUUGUUGUUGAAGUCGGCAACCAGGCAUCAAUGAGAGAAAGCUCCUGUUCUUCAUGAUACUCUUCGCCAAAACCCUUAAAUUAUAGGAAGCACUUGGAUUU